UACUCCUGCGAAGGAAUCAGAACUCUUUUUGUAUAAAAAUGUAUAACACGAUUUUUAUUAAACAAUCUUCAUGGUGCUCGUGUCAGUAUAGAGUACGCAAAAAGAUUUCUAUUACAGUACAAGUCUUACAUGACAUUUAGAGCAUUAUAUAUUAUAUGCUCUAAGCAUGAACAGCAUUGUAUGUACAGUACAAUAUUCUAUGCCUAAAAUUUCGUUUUUACGUUCUAUUGGCAAUACUGCCAAAAUUAUAUCAUUAUCCUACCGAUCGUACGUAAGUUCAUGCGAUCGCGCAACAACACAAAGUUGUUUGUUGAUUACAUGCCUUUAUUGCCAAUCAUAUCAUGUGACGUAGAAUAAUCUGAUUGUGUAGGUAAUUGUCAGUACAUUGCAUUUCAAUAACCAUUGAUAUACAUAGUGAUUGUGAAAAAUAAUUAAUGUGUUGCCCCAUAUAUAUACAUACAAAAAAAAUCACUGUCGCAGCUUAUGGAUGAAUGUUGAUGGAAUGCCAGCAUAAAUUCCAGUGUCAUAUAAUAAAUAUUAAACAAUUAUGGCAACUGAAGUGAAAGAUAGUUUAAGAAAAUUAAAUGAAAAAGAAAAUGGUAAUUCACGUGCUAUAUUUUAUAAAAAGCCGAUUAAGAGAGAUAAUUAUAAUCUGAACAUACAAAAUAUUGACACUCCUCAAGAAUUAAGACGUCAACGUCUGUUACAGUUUCAAAAAAGGUGUAGGGACAGUACAUUUAAUGUUCGACGUGGAAUAUUGGAAGAUGCCUUUAAUUCUGAAGAUGAACUUGACGAAGAUAUGGAAAUUGACGAAAGUAACAAAAAAAGAAAUUACUCAUUCAAACGAUAUAAAUGUUAUGCAAAUCAGUUAAUGAUGUCUGAAUGGAUGUUGGAUGUACCUCAAGAUUUUGUGGAAAAGUGGAUAAUGGUUCCCUGUCCAGAAGGCAAAAGAAUUUUAUUGGUUGCAUGUAAAGGUAUAACCAAAGCGUAUAAUAAAAGAGGCAAUCGACUUGGAAAAUUUUAUUCAGCACUUCCAGGUGGUAAUCCUUCAAGUCACAGAGGUAAUUGCACCAUCAUUGAUUGCAUAUGGAUAAAACAACAAAAAAUAUAUUAUGUCUUGGAUGUGCUUGCAUGGUGUAAUCAAUCACUUAUAAACUGUGAUACUGAAUUUAGAUUUUUUUGGUUAAAAUCGCAAUUACAAGAAAUAAAAGAACUACAAGAAAGAAAUAUGCCCUUAAAUACAUUUCCAAUAUUAUCUCUACCAAAUAUUAGUUGUAACUUAGAUGUAAGUUCAGAAUUAGCAAACCUUCCAAACAUAUCUCCUUUGGAUGGUUUACUAUUUUAUCAUCGUGAUGGACAAUAUACUAAAGGUCGUACUCCACUUGUAACAUGGUUGAAACCGUUUAUGUUGACUGAAGUACUUGGUAUCUUUAUGCCAGCGCCGUUUGAUGAAAAACCUGAUGGAUACAUAGAUUUCAAAUAUUACAUUCUUAACAGCAAAGCUAAAAAGAGAAAAGAGGAACUGGAAACGCAGACACAGAUGGAUAUUGCAGAUGAAAAUCCUUAGAGAGAAAGUUUUUUUUAUUCAGAUGAACGAGCUUCUUUCAGAAGUAUAAUGUAUUAAAAAACGUAAUAGUAGUUUAUUUUUGUAGACUUGAGCUACAUGUACAGGUUGACCCGU